AUGGCUUCCCUGCAUCUGGCACCACCGCCACCAUCGGGCACUCGUCGACAGGACGAGGCCACGAGUCGCCGGCCCAUUCUUGGUAUGCCUUCGGCUCCAGAAUCGGUCCCAUCGACCACCUGCUACGACACUCCGCCCUCGAAAGGGGUGGACACGACCCAGUCCCGCUCUCCGGCGGAGGUACGAGUCUUUCCUCGACGCUCGCGCUGGCACGCGGCCACGCGGAGCCGCGAGUCGGUCAUGACGAGCACGCGGCAGAUCGGCUCGCGGAUGGGAAGCCCCGGCCAAGGUCGUGGGUAUUCCUGA